GCGUGACAUUAAUGUUUUUUUUUUAAAGAUUUUAAUAAUGUCUUAGUUUGAAUUUACAUGUAACGUUUCUGUCGAAUCUUGCUGGACGAGUGUAAAGUUAGCAGCUGCACUGUACUGUGUUCUCUCUCAUCCAUUUAUAGGGGAAAGGUCGCAGGAAUCAGGUUUAUAAUCAUCACGGACUGAUUCAGAGUGCCACGAGAAGAAGUUUGAUCCUGCUGGUUUGUUGAUUCUGCAUCAUGGCGCUUCUCAGAGGUGUGUUUGUUGUAGCUGCCAAGCGCACUCCGUUUGGUACCUAUGGUGGCGUGCUGAAGGAUCACAGUGCAACAGACUUGGCUGAGCAUGCAGCCAAGGCUGCCCUUGCUGCAGGGAGCGUGGCACCAGAACUUGUAAACAGUGUCAUCAUGGGAAAUGUCAUGCAGAGCUCAGCUGAUGCACCCUACAUUGCUCGUCAUGUGGGUUUAAGGUGUGGUGUUCCCAUCCCAGUGCCUGCUCUUACUGUGAACAGACUGUGUGGAUCUGGCUUCCAGUCCAUUAUCAAUGGCGCUCAAGAGAUUUGCCUUAGGGAGUCAGAGGUGGUUCUGUGCGGAGGCUCAGAAAGCAUGAGCCAGGCUCCAUAUGCUGUUCGCAACAUACGAUUUGGUACAAAGUUUGGAGUCGAUCUCAAGCUAGAGGACACCUUGUGGGCGGGUCUGACUGACCUGCAUGUCAAAAUCCCAAUGGGCAUCACAGCAGAAAACCUGGCAGAGAAAUACCAGAUUACACGAGAAGAAGUUGACAACUAUGCAUUCCAGACGCAACAAAAGUGGAAGGCCGCUCAUGAGGCUGGUUACUACACAGCAGAAAUUGCUCCGAUUGAUGUGAAAACUAGAAAAGGCAAGGUGUCCAUGGCUCAGGAUGAACACCCUCGUCCACAGACAACACUAGAACAGUUAGCCAAGCUGCCACCUGUCUUCAAGAAGGGAGGGACUGUUACUGCUGCCAAUGCUUCAGGUGUAUCUGAUGGUGCUGCCUGUGUGGUGAUUGCGAGUGAAGAUGCGCUGAAUGAACACAAGCUCACUCCACUGGCCAGAAUUGUGGCCUAUCAUGUGUCAGGCUGUGACCCGAGCAUUAUGGGAAUUGGUCCCGUUCCAGCAAUCACAGAAGCUCUUAAAAAAGCCGGACUGACUCUCAACGACAUGGAUCUUGUGGAGGUGAACGAGGCUUUUGGUGCUCAGUACCUGGCUGUUGCUAAGUCUCUUGGACUGGAUCCAGCGAAAAGCAACGUAAACGGUGGAGCUAUUGCCAUUGGACAUCCUCUCGGGGCUUCUGGAGCACGUAUCACUGCCCACCUGGUUCAUGAGCUCAGGCGACGAGGAGGCAAGUAUGCUGUUGGCUCUGCCUGCAUCGGUGGUGGUCAGGGUAUCGCCAUCGUCCUUGAAAAGUACUGACCAAAAUAGGUGCCAAUAUCAGAGGAAUUCCUGUAGAAGAAUGUCUUGUCCCACCGUCUACUGGCAUGAAAUAAAACUCAGGUCAUUCUUGCUAAAAAGAGAUUUCCUUCAUGUACAGAUCAAUGGCAAAAUUUAUCUUACAAUGAGGUACUGCUGGUCUUUUUUUCCCUGGCACACAAUAAAACUCAACAUUCUUUUUUUGCUGUUACUCCUUUCAGCCUAUAU